GAUAAAGAAUAUGAUCAAUUAUUUAAUUCUUCAAGUGAAGAAGAACGGAUCUAUCAAUCGGCUGAUGAUAAAAGACUAAUACUCAAAGAAGAAGAGCCAAUUGAUAAUGAAGAAUUUUAUUUAAAUAAGAAUGACAGGGUUCCUUAUGAUUAUUUUUCUGCUUCAAAUUUAAAUGAUAUUGAUACCAAUUCAGAUUCUGAACAUAUCAACACAAAACUAUGUGAGCACAUAUCAGCAGUUACAGCUUAUUACAGAUGUUAUAAGAUAGCUAGUAGUAAUAAAGAGAAAAGAUCUAAUUUUGGUAGCUUUGAUGAUAUAGACAAUUGGUUUAGACAAAGAAAUUUAGAAGAACACCUAGAAAAUGCAAUGUCUUAG